UCCGGGGCGGAGCGUGCGCGCAGGCCAGCUCGGUGUGGGGCUGUGCGGGAGGAGGGACAGGGUCCAGCAGACGGAGGGCGCCAGCCCCGCGGCCACCAUGAGUGGUUCACAGAACAGUGACACUAAAAGACAGUUUCUUCUAGAACGACUACUGGAUGCAGUUAAACAGUGUCAAAUACGAUUUGGAGGAAGAAAAGAAAUUGCUUCAGACUCUGAUAGCAGAGUCACUUGUUUGUGUGCUCAGUUUGAAGCUGUGUUACAGCAUGGUCUGAGGAGGAGCCGAGGAUUAGCAUUAACAGCAGCAGCAAUCAAACAAGCAGCAGGUUUCUCCAGUAAAACUGAAACAGAGCCAGUGUUUUGGUACUAUGUGAAAGAAAUUCUGAAUAAACAUGAACUACAGCGCUUUUACUCUCUGAAGACAAUUACUACAGAUAUUGGUAGAGGCCGGGCUUGGUUGCGCUGUGCAUUAAAUGAACAUUCCCUGGAAAGAUACGUUCAUAUGCUGCUUGCAGAUAAGAAUCGACUCAGUGUCUUCUAUGAAGACUGGUCUUUUAUGAUGGAUGAAGAACGUUCUAGCAUGAUCCCUACAAUGGCAGCUGGUCUGAACUCCAUUCUUUUUGCAAUCAGCAUUGAUAAUAAGGAUUUAAAUGGACAGAGCAAAUGCACACCCACGGUGUCUGAUUUAUUAAAGGAAUCAACACAAAAUGUAACCUCGUUACUGAAAGAAUCCACUCAGGGUGUUAGCAGCCUCCUUAGAGAAAUAACUGCAUCAUCAGCUGUCUCGAUUCUGAUAAAACCUGAUCAAGACGCUGACCCACUUCCUGUUCUCUCAAAGAAUGUAAUUUCUGAUUUGAAAUAUAAAAAAGAUCGGAAAAAGAAGAAGAGAGUGACUAAUAUUAUCUCAUUUGAUGAAGAGGAAGAUGAGCAAAAUUUGGGGGAUGCCACAAAGACUGUGAUUACAGGAGAAAGUUCAGAGGAGAGUGUAGACAGACCUUCAGUUUUUGUAUUAUCCUCAUCUGAAAGCACUCUCAGAAGAAAUUUGAAUGGGAAUGAAAGUAACCAUUCGUGGAAGAGCAAUUCAGUAUUCAUGAACGGAGAGUAUGAAUACCAGAAACUAGAUGUGAAGAGCAUUGAUGAUGAAGACGCAGAUGAGGAUGAACUAUAUGGAAAAACAUGUGGAAAUAAAGACACAGAAGGUGAAACAGAAGCUUCUGAAAAGCCACAUGAAAUAGGAACAUGCAAUUCUCGGAUAUGCAGUUGGACUCCUCUGCAGGUCCUGAACGAUGACUCAGAUGUUCUAUUUCCUGUCAGUGCUGUUGGCUCUUACUCCCAAACAGAUAACUUGGAGAAUGGAGAAGGGCAUGAACAUGUUCAUGCAGUAGAACUGGUUCCGAGAAGAUCUGAUCUUCCUUACAGAGUGGAAGUCAGUCCUCCAGCUCAAGUGAAUACAUUAAGCAAUACGUUGCCUUCAGCCACUGUGCCAGAAUCCAUGACAAUUAAUGAACUUCGUCAAGCUAUUGUGGCCAUGAUGAAUAGAAAGGAUGAACUGGAAGAACAGAAUAGAUCUCUGAGAAAUCUGCUUGAUGGAGAGAUGGAGCAUUCUGCAGCGCUAAGGCAGGAAAUGGACAACUGGAGAAGGAAAGUAGCAGAACAGGAAGAACGACAUGCCACAAAAGUCCAAGCCUUGGCACGAGAAAAUGAGGUGCUAAAAGUGCAGCUUAAGAAGUAUGUAGGAGCUGUCCAAAUGCUCAGAAGAGAAGGUCAAACAGUGGAAGUUCUGUCAAACAUUUGGAGCACUGAUGGUGAAUUUACUAUUCCAGAGCAAAAGCAAGUAGAAAACAAUGAGGAACUAGCCAGCUCUUAUGAAAGAAAAUUGAUUGAGGUAGCUGAAAUGCAUGGGGAACUGAUUGAAUUCAAUGAAAGGCUGCAUCGUGCUCUGAUGGCUAAAGAAGCUCUUGUGUCCCAGAUGAGACAAGAACUAAUUGAUUUGAGAGGGCCGGUCCCUGGAGAUUUGAGUCAAACAUCUGAAGACCAGAGUUUGUCAGAUUUUGAAAUAUCAAAUCGUGCUCUUAUUAAUGUUUGGAUUCCCUCAGUCUUUCUGCGUGGAAAAGCUGCUAAUGCAUUCCAUGUUUAUCAGGUGUAUAUUAGGAUAAAGGAUGAUGAAUGGAAUGUUUAUCGAAGAUACGCAGAGUUCAGAAGCUUGCAUCAUAAGUUACAGAAUAAAUACCAGCAAGUGAGGACUUUUAACUUUCCACCAAAAAAGGCCAUUGGAAACAAGGAUGCAAAGUUUGUAGAAGAGCGACGCAAGCAGCUACAAAAUUACUUAAGGAACGUAAUGAACAAAAUUAUUCAAACUGUGCCAGAAUUCACAGCCAAUCCUAAAAAAGAGACUCUUAUUCAGCUGAUGCCCUUUUUUGUGUAAGUAUCUGUCAAGUAGUCCAGAAAAUACUAAGCUUUUUUCAUCGUAAUUUAAUUUGAAAUAUAAUGCCAACUUCUUCAAAAUCUUUAAAACAGUGGGUUUUUUAAAAUAGAACGUUCCUGUUCAAAUUACAAGUGUAUUUGUUAUGUUUUAAAGGAAUAUAUGACAUAUAUAGUCAUUUUAAUUUAUUUAAAUUUGAACAAAAAUCACUGCGUAAAGCUUUCAGAAAUAUGUAAGUGACCUCAAAGUCUGCAUCCGUACAUUUCUUCAAACAUUGGGUGAUUUUGAUUUCUUUUAUUUGGUCUUUUUUAGUUUUGUUUUGCUUUUGUUUGUGUGGGGUUUGUAUUUUGUUUUUAAAUUUUUUGGGGGGAUGACAGUGAAGCACUAUUUAUUAGAGUAUUUAUCAACCAAAUUAAAAAGUCCAGCCAUUGAACUCUUUCUUGCUGAAUUUUGCAAUCUGCUGCUGUGUGUGCUGCUUUCAUUAAUGUUAACAUUGAAUAUGUCCAGAAAUAGUUUAAUACAGUCAUCUGUUCAAAAUCUCAAAACAAACCCUUUGGUAUACAAUCAUACAAUGGAUAUAAUCCGCUAAAAUCUUUCCGUUUUGCUGUAAACAUAAUUAUCUAGAGUAUUUGUAAAUGAUAUUAAGAACUAUUUAAGAAGUAAUGUUGAUGAGUGUUUGUUUUUGAAAGCGGUGUUAACUUCUUUCACUAAUAAUUUUUCAGUACAAUGUUUUUUCAGUACUACACCUGUACAAAUUGUUUAUAGAUUGGAAAAACACAUUCAUAGUAAGCCGUCAUAUUAAAUUUGCUGUCCACAAGCCUCUGCACAGGGAUAGUGCAUCCAUACCUGUGAGUCCAUGGAUGUAUCAAUUUGCAGAAUCCAGCCCAAUUUAAAAUCAAUAUGUUUCAGUAGAAGUGUACAUACUUAGUUGUACUAUUUGCAUGGUCUUGUGCAGAGUUUCUGAUUUUCAAGUUGAAACUUUUUUUCAAGAAAGCUAGAUGUACUGGGAAAUGUAAUAGAUAAAUGGAAGAAUGCCAAGAUGUAUUUUGUGGCCUUCAUGUCUUUUUGAUUUUUCCUGGAUUUGAAAAAGCAAAUAUCAAUUUGAUGAGGCAUCUUGAGGAUGAUGAUGAUGUAAUAAAUGGCAAAAUUAUGUUUGUAUAGAAAAACAUCUCAAGAGACUUACCUUUUUCUCCCUAAGAACCUGUUUUGUAGAAUUUGGCUAAGCGCUGUGAAGAUUAAAAUGGUUUCAAGUACUUCAAGUUGAGGGGCCCAUAUGUGGCUUUUUGUUAAGUCAUUUUAAAGAAAUUGUCCUUCAUUUUGUGCUUAAUUUUGUUUUUUUUUGUUUUGUUUUUUUUUAAAAAGGGGGAAAUUACAAAAUACAUUUGCAAUUAAAUUUUUAACUCAAUUUUUGCUCUUCCUGUCCAGUUAUAUUUCAUUUUAAGACUGUUACAUAUAGCUAUGUGAAGUAGUGAACUGAUAACUUCUUGUCAACUUCAUUUCAUAACUUGCUGCUUUAAACAUAGAGCAGGAAAAUAAAUUCCAAACAGUGUGCUAUUUAAGGUCUUAUCUUUUCAUUGGCUUGUUAGAACUGAUGAUCCUGAGUUCCACGCAAACAAGUGUUAAUGCAGUAUAACAUCUGUAAGUUAAGGGUAGCUAGUUUCUCCUCCUCAACCAGUUUGAUUAUGAAAGAAACUCAAUUUCAAGCUUUAUGGGAUACCAAGAUAUUUUAAUAAGUUAUGAUUAUGGUUUCAGGUGUACAUUGAGUUGCUGGAGUAAUUAUCAUUACCUCCACAAGCAGUCAUAAAGAUAGCAAAACAAUUAAUACUAAAAUAUGACAAAAUUGGACAACGGUUUCAACCAGAAGCCAUUAGAUUAGGAAAUACUGUGGAUACUCUAGGUAGCAAUAUUAAUUUGAAAAUUUGGCCUUAAUCAAUGGAAAAUGCAUUCAUAGUAGCACUUCAUUACUUGAACUGUGAUGUAUUAUUUUCCUGCUUUAACCAAUAUUGUUUUGGGUUUGGAUUUUUUUUAAAUUUCAAUUGUCAGAAUUUCACGUAUUUUUUUAAAAAUCUGUCAUCAAUUGUACAAUUCAACAGUAACCAUACUGUGACAUUAUAACUAUGAGUAAUACAGCACUGAUCUAAAAACAAUGAUACCACUUUUCAGGUGUUUUUUUCAUCCUAAUACAUUGUUGUUACAGAAAUAUUUUAUUACAGUACCUUUUUAUUCUACUUUGAGAAAUGACAUUUCAAGCAUAGUUUGUUUAUGAUCUCUUAGCCACUUAUGUUAAAAAGAGGAAGGGAAAAGAAUUUCCUUAUUCCUGAGACCUAAACAUUCUCAUGUUUUUGCUUAUUAAAAAAAAAAAAAAAGCCAGGUAUGAGGGACCUGCACAGGAAAAUAUUCAAAAUCGCAAACCCACAUAAUGGGUUGUACGAAUGAUGCACAGGUUAGAAGAAACACCAUUACACUAUUUUGCUGAUGUAAAGAAAACCCAAACCCAAACCAAACAAAAACCAAACCUGUUUUCUUCUAAUAAAUGCAGUGAGCUGAAUGAGAUUGAUACAAUUGAUUUCACAGAAAGAGCAAAGUUUUAUUGAGAAGGUAGCAUACUUAAGUAACCUGUUUUCUUAGUAUGAGUACAAUUUAGUAUGUGAAACAUUGUGAUACAAAAUAAAGCAAUUAUCUCUAAGGAAAGAAAUUUGUUCAAGGGAAUAUGCUCAAGGAAACUUGCCAACACCAUUUGUCAACAAUUUGUAAACACAAAUCCGAUACACUGCAUUGAUGUUAACCUUUUUUGCGUUACAAUAGGUUGCAAAAAGACUAUGUUUAUUUUUAGAGGCUUGUUUUGCAUUUGGUAAUUUCAUAAUUCUCAACACAUUGCAUGAAGCAAUGGACUGUAGUGGAUUCGAGAAUAUUCUUUAAUAUCUGGACAUUAUGACAAAAAGGUUCUGUUCAUGUAUGUAUCUCUGAACUAUUUCCUUGGAUAUUUUUCUUGAAUAAUAGAUGUAUUGGCAUUCUGUCUUAGCUAGAUAGUUCUCCACUGGAAUAUUAGUGGGAUUCCAGAAAAGCAUAGCUGUUGAGCAAAAUUACUAUAUACCUCAUCUACAGCAGAUAAAGUGGGUUUUAAAAUGCAUUUUUCUACUGACAUACCAGACUUCCUCAGCAGCUAGAGCAGCAGUAUUAAACUAAUAUAAAGAUCUUUCAGGCAAUGAUAGAAGGAUCCCAUUUUAGAAAGUAUCAUCAUUGCUAGGGUAUCAUUUGAAUUCUCAAUGCCCUUUAUUUUCUGAGAGUCAUGACCUGGCACUGUUGGUAAGAAAAAGCAUCUAAAAGAAAUGCACGUCAGAUUCACUUCAUGUUGCCAGCUUCUCCAGUAUUGUCCUUUCUUAAUGGAUUUUCAGCUUCAUCAACAGGAGAUCUUGAACGUGCUGGACUCUGAAGUGCUUAUUACGUUAUUCAGUGGUAACCUCUGUACCUUACUGUUGUGGUUUAACCUCAGCCAGCAACUAAGUACCAUGCAGCCUCCUUCACACCCCACCCCCUGCAGUGGGAUGGGGAGGAGAAUCGGGGCGUGGGGGGGAGGUUGAGACAAGAGCAGUUUAAUAAUUGAAAUAUAGAAAAUAUAUGAGUAUUACUAAUCAUAAGAAUAAUAAUAUAAGAAUAGUAAUGGAAAGGGAGAUAACAAAAAGAGAAACAGAAAUAAAACUCAAGUGGGAAAAAAAAAAAGACAAAUGAUGCUCAACACAAUUGCUGACCAUCCGCUGACCAAUGCCCAGCCAGUCCCUGAGCAGCGAUCCCCACUCCCCAGCUCACUCCCCCCAUUUUAUAUGCUGAGCACGACAUCCUAUGCUAUGGAAUAUCCCUUUGGCCAGUUUGGGUCAGCUGUCCUGGCUGUGUCCUUCCAGCUUCUUGUGCCCCACCAGCCUUUUCGCUCGCUGGCAAGGCCUGAGAAACUGAAAAGUCUUUGGCUUGGUAUAAACAUUACUUAGCAACAACGAGGAACAUCAGUGUGUUACCAACAUUAUUCUCACCCUAAACACAGCGCUGUACCAGCUACUAGGAAGAAAAUUCAAUCUGUCCCAGCUGAAACCAGGACACUACCUGCAAUACUUCUAUACUAUAGGUUUAAUAAUAUUUUGGUUUAAUAGUAUUUUAAUAUAAAACACUGUAAAUACAUAUGAUUAUUCUAUUUAGUUUGUGCUUUAUAGUACAGGUGUGUGUAUAGUUGCUAAUUACAUCUUUAUUAAUGGAAGAGUUAGCAGUUAUGAAACAUUGAGAUAUUAGUCAUAGGACUAUGCUGUAGAACGUAGGGAUACCUCAGUCUAGGAGAAAAAAAUUACAGUCUUAAUAUGCAUAAAAAGUCUCUGGGGCAUUACAUCUGUCUAUUAGGAAGAAAUGUAAUAUAAAAUAAUAAAAAUAAUUAAUCUGGUCUUC